AUGUUGUCAUACAUCGUGGGUCUCUCCAUUUCUGUUCUAAUGUUGGUUGGACAAUUUAACACAAAAGCGGAAAGCGUCGGUCUAGGGAAUCACAUUCUAGAGGAAGGAAAAGUGACUCUUGCCGCUGGUUCAGAGGUUGUUACAACCAAAGAAGGCCUAGAAGAAUACAAGAAGAGUUUCGCUGAUGCAUGCGAUGUUGACUUUGACCCUGUCGGAAAUAUUAUUCUCCAUUACAAAAGUCAGGGGACUAUAAAAGACAAAGGAUGUACGGUGGACCUUCUCACGAAUAAAGUAGACGAAAUUAUUUUCUUAGCUGGAUUGAACCAUUUUACUGCACUUAUUGAUUGUACAAAUAAGAGUAUCAAUGAUAUUAAUGAUAACAUAUUACCCUUUGCCUACAGCUUGACAAAUGAGGAAAUCAAGGACUUCAACAACGGUCCACAAUUUGGUGGUGAUGGGUGUAAUCCAGGGUGCGGAGAAGGCAUGUGUGUCAAUAAAACAGGUCUAGAAAUUAGAUGGAAGUAUUCUAAAAACACCAAUGACGAAGACCGUAUGGGGUUAUAUGCAAAUCCAAUUGGUACAACAUUUAUUUACGUCAUUAAACAGCCAUUGCCGCAGAAACUAAAAGGUGAUGUGCAAGUGGUAAUCAAUCAGAAAGAACAAAAAUAUCACAUUCAACUUAUGAAGGAAGUUGGACAGCCUUAUCAAAAAACAGCUUUCUGCAUGGAGGAUGGAUUUGAGAGCAUUCUUUCGCCUUCAACAUGGGAAAUCGUCGGUACAAGUCCAGAUCCUGAGAAGAAGCGUCUGCUGGUUUUCCAUCUUCUCCCUCAAAGGGCAUCGCGAAAUUUUAACCGGAUUAAAAGUAAGAACCGUAAAUAUGAAGAACAAAGUGGGCUGCCGAGCGGACCUAAAUGCGAUGAUUUGACAAUAAAAUUUAUUGGGGGCGACUACAAAUUGAUCAAAUAUCCCUCUCCAAUAACUACAAACACUUCAACAGAUUCCAAUUCUUCAACAACCACAACAACUUCUUCCACAACUUCAACUACUUAUUCGACGACCUCCAUUUCUUCCACAACAACAAAAGAAUCUCCUCCCCCACCACCACCCGAAGAAACAUCAACAACAAAUAAUCCAACAAAAUCUGUACAACCCUCUACAACGUCUGGAACCACUAAAGACGAUUCAACAAUCUCAACUUCCAAGGACACUACAAAAACAAAUUCAACUCGACCUUUAAUAACUUCAAUUUCCAACAUCCCUUUGGUGACUACUACAACAACUACAAACGUCAAUACAACAACAAUAAACACAGAAACAUCUGCUAAAACCUCUUCUAAUAACAUUUUAAUUAUUGUGAUUGUUGGUAUUUUGAUAAUUAUUGUCGUUGGAAUUGCUGUUUACUUUUUGGCUAUAAAAAAGGGUUCUGAAGGAAAGGAAGAAAAUGUUGAAGAAAAUGAAGGAAUAAAAGGAAUUACUGAAGUAGAGGCUACAAACAUUAAAGAUGAUGAUGAAAAGAAGGAAGGAGAGGAAGAUAAAGAAGAAGUAAAAAAUGAAAAGGAAAAUGAUAAAUAUGAGGAAUUGAAAGAUUUUGAAGAAGACGAAGGAAGUUACAAGAAGAAAGCAGAAAACUUGACAGUGGAGACAGAAGCCGAAACUAAAAAUACAGAAAUAAAGGAAGAUGAUAAGGAGGGAGAAACUGGAAAUAUAGAGGAAAAUGAUGAUGAUAUAUAUGCAUAA